AUGACUGGAACAGAAACGAUCGGAAGCCUGGCUGUGGUGAGCAAUCCAUCGCUCAAACUGGCAGACUUUUCGAAUCUGUCGAUUGUUCACGGUGCGGCUGAGGUGAAGUAUAAUGAACGCUUAGAAGAGUUAGACCUUCCAAAACUCAUCUCCGUCGGUGGGGACCUGAAACUAAAUGACAAUGACAACAUGACGCACAUUGAACUACCUAGUCUGCAGUCCAUAGCAAACUUGGAAGUGGCUUGGAACGCCCAAUUAGAGCUGUUCUCCACACCGGUGGUCUCCACUGGCAGCAUAGCUUUCCUGGCAAACUACCAACUCCAAGAGAUCAUCAUGCCUAACGCAACAGAAAUCGACGGCGAGCUUCGGGUGGCCUUCAAUGGAGAGCUUCGCGAGCUGUCCGGCUUUGAUUCUUUGAAGUAUGUGGGCGGCGACGUGUACAUUGCUGAGAAUCGGGAGCUGCAGGAUAUCUCAGCCUUCAAGCAGCUCCGAGCAGUAAAGGGGAAUUUUCAGGUGAACGAGAAUCCUGCCCUGCGCGAUCUAAGUGGCUUGUCAUCUGACAUGAGCAUCGGCGGAAACUUGCAGGUCUCGGAGAACGAGAACCUGUUAGGAAUCAGUGGAAUGUUGGACCUCCCGGCUGUGAAUGGAUAUGCUGUGCUGAGCUUCAACUGCUCAGGGAAUUCUGUUCGCCCCGCCAAUAAGGCAGCGUGCAUUGCCUGUGAUGCCUGGCACAUCGCCGAAGACCAACGAUGCGCAGUUAGCUAUACCUUCCUGACGAUCUUUGCCUUCAUCUCUGCCUUAUGCUUCGGCAUUAUUCUCACCAUCUUCAUGACGCUCAGGAAGGUGAUGAAUGUGGACUGCAUCUCCUCAAUGUCGGGGAGAGUCCUCUUGCGGAUGCAUGACAGGCAUUAUCUUCUCCGUGGCGGUUGGGGCUGCAGCUUUCCUGUGGUCAUUGUGGGCACAGGAUGUGACCUCCUGGAUCAGCCGUUGAAACCUUUGAAAGCCAAAGCCAUCAGUGACACAGAGCUGGAGCUGCUUGUGCCCAUGGAGAAAGUCGGCAAUCCUAGGCGCUCCAUGAGCUCGCUGCAGGAUGUGCCGGUCUUCACGGAUGCUGCUUGGCAGGAAGUGCAAUCGGUUCUGCAGCCGACAGGGCGCUUUCCAUCACUGAUGUCGACUGUUGAUGUGACGGUCUCGGGAACCACUGCUAGCACUAUGAUGAUCAGCGGCCAGGGGCAGGUCUACGUCCGCUCCCCUUGGGAACUGCUGGCUGGUGGCUUCAUGGUCCCUGCCGUUGCAUGGCUCACUUUCUUCCUGGUGGCUCUUGCCGGGUUCAGUGGCGUUGGGAUUGCAAUUGGUGUGAAACCGGUCAUUCUCUUGGAUGCCGCAGUCUAUGGCUCUCUGGCAGGGGCAGGGGUCGCGUUGCUUCUACGAGUUCGUACUGCGCGUCGCAGACAUUCAAAGAGGCGAACUCGGAGUGCUGCAGUGAGGGAGAUGGCGUUACUAGGUGAUUUGGAGCAGGCUGUCUGGAGUGGGGAUGAUGCUGCUCUACACCGUAUCCAGAGAGAACUACAGUCCUGCAAGUCUUGGGGAAGCCAGCGCUUUGCGUCAACCUUGCAGACGAUAAAGCAGAAGCAGAGUCAGGAUGCGGGAGUCAGUGUGGCGUACUUGCUCUCGACUGAGUUCAUGCUCCUUGCGCAGACACGUAGCCAGCUGGAUGACCCUGACUUCUACGAUUUGAAGGAUGCAUUUUUCUUUACUACCGAUCCAAUAGCAAUCGGCAGCGACAAAGUCUGCCCACGUGAUGGCAAGAUGGGAUGUGCCCUCGUAGAUGUUUUGGAUCACUGUCACCGUAGGGAAUGCACCCACUUUCUAUCGUGGACAUGGGGCUAUUCUGUGAAUCUUGUUCGCAGCUCACUGACGGCGUGGACUGACCAGAGCAAAAUAGAUCCAAAGAAGACAUUCCUGUAUAUGUGUUUCUUUGUGAACAACCAAUACAGGAUCCUGGUAGAUCAGAAUGGGGCAGGCAGCCGAAAUUCAAGCCUGAAAGAAGUCUUUGGUGAGCACUUGCAGCGCGUUGGCCGCAUGGUUGCCCUUCUUGACCACUGGGACUCGCCCAAAUAUUUAUCUCGAAUUUGGACUAUAUUUGAGCAGUACACCGCCGUCGUGUGGGAAAUUGAGGUGACCUUCAUCAUGCCGGAGAUGUCUGGGGAUAGCUUGCUCCAGGAGAUCAGGAAAGGCGAAGAAGGCAUAGUUCGGGUGCGGGACUCCCUGUGCGACGUUGAUGCUGAGAUUGCUUGCGCUUGGAGUCCAGAAGAUGAGAUGCAAGUUAAAAGCAUGAUUGAAGAGACCAUUGGUUUCGAGAAGGUGAACGCCAAGGUGCAGGAGCUCAUGAUUGCUUGGGUGGCAACAAUGGUCAAGGACUAUUUGGGUGGACUAGUCGUAAGCGGUUCUCGUCGCUUACAGCGAUCGGGCGCGCGGACGCAGCUCCUUUCCAGCACGACGGUGGGGCACAGGUCAAGUACCAGGACCAACGCCAGCACUGUCGUAUCAUUACAACCCAUUCGAGCUGGGCAGCACAGUGAGCCUGUAUGGGCAGCUUACAUGCAUGGUUCAGGUUCCACAAACGUGGUAACACUCUGA